AUUAUAAAAGCUGUCACACCGUGCUAUUUCAGAGUUGUGAAGAUAUUUUGUAAGAGCUUUAUGGGAAUGUUGCUAAUAGUGAUUUCAGCGGUAUUGCUACAGAUUGUUGUUUGCACCCACCCAGAUGAAAUUGACAAGAUUUUACGCUUACACAAUUCUUUCAGAAGGAAUUACGCAAAACGUGGUUUAUCGAGUCAGAUAGCAAAUAUGAAUUUAUUAGUUUGGGAUAAUGUAUUAGCUAUGGAGGCCAAGGAAAUGGUUUCUUGCAUUCCAAGUUCGGAAGGAAAUGGCCACCAUUCUUUGGGCAGACACAUCAAUACAGGUCUAACGCUUAACGGAAAUCUGACAAAAGUGAUCGGUGACUGGUUAAGGGAGGGACAAUAUUUCAUUCCCGAAUUUGAAACAUGCCUUGAAAUUGACCGCUGUGGAAACUUCUUAUCGAUGAUAAACGCACAGUUACGACACAUAGGAUGCGCAUUUCAAAGAAAUUGUAGGAGUAGAAAAAUCAUAUAUGACGUUUUCAUGUGUAUUUAUGAAGGAAGACAUGGGCAUGACAGUCACAGUCUUUACAGCAAAGGAAGGGUUUGCACACAUUGCGAACACCCAACUUCAUUCUGUAAUGACGGCUUGUGUGACACCUGUGACGAGGGAAAUGGCAGAACUUGCGAUUGCAGGAAAUCCUGUAACAAGCCUGGAAUUGGUGUCGGUGUAUUGGACAACUCAACAUGCGUUUGUCAAUGCACCUACGGCAAAGGACCGAAUUGUGACGAAGACUGCGUGAACCCUCAGAUGUAUGAGAGUUGGGAUAUUUGUGAGAUGGUAACGAAGAACGACUGUGCGUCCGAGGAUCACAUGAUACUGAAAGAGUAUUGCCCGGCCACAUGCGACUGCACUAGACACCCAAUGGCGGAAACUGGGGGACAAGCAAGUCAUGUGAAUUAAAGCAAAAUGGUUAUUUGUUCAUAGAUUCGUCUUCAGAUUAUUCGGAACUCUUUUUGAAGACCCCAUAGAGCAAGCCUAUAACAUACAAUGUUGUCGCGUUAAGGUAUUAAUUUACCGAGGACAAAUGCGCAAAAUAAAGAUUAAGUGCGCAAGAAUGAUAUUUUUAUUCCUUUCCUGUAUAUUUUCCCAAUAAAAGUU